AUGCUUAUCCCCCUUCGGCGGCUUGCACAGCAUCCCUCUGACACUGCUGCACACCUUAUCCUGCUUGCUUUCUCGCGCCUUGUCCUUCGCUUAACAGCAGCCGCCCCUUCGCAAUCGCUUACCGCAGCUUGCGCCCUUCUCACUCAGCGCUUUAUCAGUGGGGACUGGCAUGCGCUAUUACUUGAAGCCUCUGCUGCUGCCACUCCUGCUGCUCGCCCUCUCAACCUUGCUUCAGCACGCUCCACAGCCACGCAGGCUCGCCUCCAUCGUGCAGCACGAUUUGCUAAGUGCGGCGACUGGUCUCGCUCCUUGGCAGCGUUGGAAGCUGGCGAGUUCGCACCCCCUUCCCCGGAAACCAUCUCUUCUCUCUCUUCCAAGCAUCCACCAGCCCCACAGCCUCUUCCUCAAUGGAUAUCCACCUUCACCCCAGACUCUUACCCACAGCUUUCAGCCCCGCUCCUCCACUUGGCUCUUCGUUCAGCCCCACGGGGUACCGCUGCUGGCCCUUUGGGUUGGUUCAUUGAGCACCUCAGAGACACCUUCCUUACUUCCCAGCAGCACCUUCCCUCCCUCCUCCGCCUCUUCCAAAAUUGGCUGCAGGGCGAGCUCCCGCUCUCGGACUGCACAACCCCUUUGGGUGUCCCUAUCGCUCCCAACGGCCUCAACGUUGCAGGGGUCCCGAUUGGCUCGGACGGCUACAUCAUCUCCACAGUACAGGAGAAGCUCGCCUCAUUUGCUGCCUCUCUUCCUCUUCUUCACCAACUUCAUGACCCUCAGACUGCCUCCCGCAUCCUCUCCCAGUGCGUCUCAGCCCGUCCUUCCUUCCUCCUCCGGACUGUUUCGCCAUUCCCAGAGAUACAUGACCUCUUCAGCUCUUGGGAUUCUACCAUCCUGGACCACUUCACCCAGCUCUUUGGCCCUGGUUAUUGGAUCCCAGACACAGAGCAGACUAAGACGGCGCAGCAGCAAGUCUUCCUUCCUAUUCGCCUUGGGGGCUUUGGCCUUCGUUCCGCCGCCUCUACAGCACCUCUUAGUUACCUCUGCAGCUGGGCCCAGUCGCUUCCACUAUUGUCCACACACUUCAUCACUGACGGCUCGCCGCUUUUCCGCCCCUUUCUCUCUUCCGACACCAUUCAUCGCCUCGACGAGUUCAUCCCAGCUGCCACUAACAUGCUCCCCAAAGAAGUUCGUGACCGUUUCCCUUCCUGGUCUCAUCUUCUACCCGGCUAUCCCCCCAAACUCUUCACUCACCUCUUGCAGCAGCUUGAGGCUUCUUUGCUCGAGAAAGUACGCUCGUCUGUUACUUCCCCACUUCGCCUGGCCCGUUUAACCUCCCUGCAGGGUCCGCAUGCGGGGGAUUGGCUUACAGCGGCCCCUUCUUCACCCCUCCCUCCCAUCCCAUGCCCUAAGAACAACGAGCCUACAAGAGUGCAUGACGCCAUCAAGCACGAACUGCACCGCAUCACCUUGGAGCUCGGCCUCGUGUCGCAGUUGGAAGACCACCACCUCCUUCCAGGCCGCCGACCCGACAUCACCUGCAGGGACCUCCAAGCCGGCACCACCUUGGCUUUGGACAUUUCAGUAGCCGACCCGCAGCACGGCUUUCCCCACUCCAAUGCUGCCACCGUCAUUGGGUCAGCCGCAACUACACGCGAGACCGAGAAAGCAACUCUGUACGCACCAUCCCUGCGCGCCCGACCUGACGUCAAGUUACUUCCAUUGGCGCUCGAGACUUUUGGGUGUUUUGGGAAGACAUUCCAGGAUUUCCUUCGAGAGUGCAGUCGUCGUGGUGCUUCGCGCCUUCGUGACUUAAGCGGUUCAUCCGACCUCAUUCCACAAUUGUUCGAGACCAGCUUCUACAAGCGCAUUUCCCUUGUCCACCAACGUGAGCAGGCCCGCACAGUCUGCAGGCGAGCACAGGGUUUCAACGAGGAGCAGCCAAUGAGCGGCCAAGGCCAAAGCUCGGAUCACGCUCUUCUGCUCGGCCCCUCAACCACCUCCGCUUCCUCCUCCUACCCUCCGCUCCCCAUGCCCAAUCCUUCUACUGCUGCUGCUGCUGCUGGUCCCAAUGGUGCCGCUGCUGCUCCCCCUCCGCCUUUCCCCUUCCCCCCGCCUCUCUCCCCCUCCGCGCCGUUCUUCCAAAUGCCUCCCCCCGCACCUUCAUUCCUCCCCUUCUCCCUCUCCCUCCCAUUCACCUCCCUCCUCUCUCCCUCGCACCAAAUCGACGUUCCUCUGCCGGCCAGCGCGCCGUUUCCCCCGCAGCCCUACUCGCCGCACUCCCCCACCCCGCUUAUUGGCUCUGAAGUUGACGCAGCAGUUGCGGCAGCAGCAGCAGCAGCAGCAGCAGGGGGGGCGGCAGGGGGAGCAGCAAUGGGGACGCCUGUGUCGUUUCCCGGUCUGGCGCAGCCCAUGGGCACGCGAGUACUCUUCUCCCACUCGCCCACGCUCCUAAAAUUCACCAUCCCUCCCCAGCAAUUCUCCCUCAAAGCGCUUCCGCAAAUCAUAUUCGCCCUGUCCUGGACGGCCUUUGUCGCCUUCUGGACACGCACAGCAGUAUCAUCCUCUGCAGCGCCUGUCGUCUUCAUCCUCUUCUCCCUUCCCUUCUGGGCUGUCGGCAUCGGCCUACUCGCCUACGUGCUACUGCGGCACAUCAUGGACGAAACAGUGACUGUGGACCCCGCCACGUGUCAGCUGACCAUUCGUCGAGCAGUGAACAGGCAAACUCUGCCGUUCUUUGGUCUGUCCACGGCGCACACAGCUCUCAUCCAUGGCGCAGGAGUCAACUACACCAUGCAGGACCAAGACCACCACCACUCUCCACCAAUCACGUUCUGCCAGCUCACCAUGGCGGGCGGCGAGAGACUCUCUUUCGGCUCUCGCUUGUCGCUAGCAGAGCAGCGCUGGCUCUCCCUGCACAUCGCAUCCUUCCUGCAAGUGCCCUGGUUCCAGCCACCCUUCCUGCAAUCCUAUUGA